AUGGAAGAGGCCGCUGAAAGUUUGAAUUCGGUUUUUCGGAAGGUGAAGUCCGUCAAUGAUGGUGAAAUUCUGGCGAGUUGCUACUACCUGAACCAAAUCGGGGAGAUGAUCAAUGAUUAUAGUCAUCUAUAUGACUUUCUUCGAUGGUUAUAUAAGCUCGCGUGGGAGGAAUUACGUUCAAGUACCGCGUCUAUUGUUCGUCUCCUGCAUGCGCUGUGUCAAAUGAGUCAUGAUACUUUGAUGUACACACUACGCAUCGGCUAUCUAAGAUCGAUUCACUGCCUGCAGAUGGUUGUUAGAUCAACUCAUCAUCUCACAAUUUUGUCCAUGUGGGUGAAUUACGUUAAGCAUUGGAACAAGCAUGAAACGCAUCAUGAUGUGUUAGCUGCGAAGUACGAUCAACUUCUUCGGGAAACCAGGAAUCGAGACCCUCCAGACCUGAAACAGGAAAUAGCAGUCCUGCAUGGGUUUUCCUACUUCUCAUACUAUUCUCUUAAGAAUGAUACACUCAGCAUGAGGCUAUUGGUAGAAAUGUUGGACAAGUGCGGACAGUUUUUGGAAGACAAGAAUGAAUAUGAAUGGAGUUUCGAGACACAAGCUUUCGCCUUUGCUUCUAAAGCAACAGCAAUGCUCUUCGAGAAAAAAGCGAGUCACUUGGCUGGUUCAUACCUAGAAAAGGCAAUUUUGAUUCUGGAGCGUGGUGAUAGAGAAUGCCGAACACGUGCAGUUGCACUGAUCGAGGAACUUAUCCUAUGGUGUGAAAGAACGGAGAGACAUAACCAGGUGGAGUCUUUGCGAGAAAAGCAAAAUUUCCUAUUAUGUUCUUUACUGUGA